AUGCCAGGUGCUAUUACUAUUACUCAGGAGAGUCCUAUCGCCUCUCUAAAAGCAGGCAACAGACUCAAAGUCGAUGGCACUGACCCAAAAUUUGGUGACUGGCGUGACGAUCUCAUCCGCGAUGGAUAUGCUGUUAUCAAGGGUGCGAUUCCUCAAGACCGUGCAUUGAGUUAUGCUGAUCGCAUGCUUUCUCUUAUUGAAUCAUUUGGCAAGGGCUACAAACGAGAUGACCCUUCUACCGUCCACCCCGACAACCUACCCGUCAUCACCGAGAAAGGCAUGCUACUGAACUAUGGUGCGCCCCAUGAAGACUUUGUCUGGGAUGUUCGCUCCGAGCCCGGAGUCUAUGAAGCCUUCGAGAAGGUAUACAACACAAAGGACAUUAUUGUCUCAUUCGAUGCCAUCAACUACGGGUUUUGGAACCGUAAGAACUUGCCACCUAAUAAGCCCUGGCCUCAUCAGGACCAGGACCCCGAGAGACCUGGCUUCCGAUGCCUUCAGGGUCUCGUGAACCUACUCCCAAAUGGGCCCAACGAUGGCGGCUUGAUCGUCUGCAAGGGUGCCCAUCUUAUGAGCGAGCAGUUCCACGAGGACAUGAAAGACGAGGAACGCAUUCCCGCGUGGACCAAAGAGUGGUACGGCUUCACUGAUCGGGGCAUGGCCUGGCUGAAGGAUCACGGCUGUGAGUGGAUCAAGGUCGAAGCCGAGCCUGGCGACCUCCUCUUGUGGGACUCCCGUGCACCACAUUACAAUGUCCCAGCCUCGGGUACGCAGGACCGUCUUGCUAUCUACACAUGUUACAUGCCCGUAGCCGAUGCUUCACAGGAGGACUUGGUCCGGAAGAAGGCUGCAUUUGAAGACCGUGUCGGAACUACCCACUGGCCCAAUGCUCUUCAUACUGGCACGAAUAGGGCCAAGCGCAACGGAGAGCCUGAUUCAAUCAUUCGAGACAAGCCAAUUAACGAGCCUAAACUCAGCGAGAGGGCUUUCAAACUUACUGGGAUCCCUUACAUCAAGUGA